CCACGAUCAUGUUUGAAUCAUGAACAAUGUACAAAGCUCCUUACAUGAGACAUCUUGGCCAAAGGAGACGUGAUGAUCUUCAAACCACACGACCCGUGGCUUCUUGCCUUGUGAUAGCUGUCCAUGAUUCAAACAUGGUUGUGGGAAAGUGGUGACGGACGUUACUUCCUGUGCUUUGUAUAUUCCCACGUCAACAUUUUAGAGUCGCACCUUCCACCAACAAAAUUCUCGCAUCCUUCCGUCUAAUACAAUGUCUAACAACAUCACAGAAUUCUGCCAGGCAGGCGGACGCGACCAACCAGAGUACUCUGUCUACGAACUCGGCCCCCAGCGCUUCGGUGCAACAUGUUCUAUCCUUGGCCAGACCCAUCACGACCAGGAUGCCGCAUUUUCGAGUAAGAAGCUCGCAAAGACCGCCGCUGCUCGUGCCACUGUCUUUGCCCUGCGUGAAGAGGGAGUGUUGCGUAAACCUGCUCUACACACUCGUUCUGCACACGCCGUCGCUCCUGCUGUCCCGGCUUUUGGAACCCCGCUACCUGUUCCUUCGAAGAUCGACCCUGCUGCCGCUGGCGCACCGCCUGUACAGCCUUCGCCAUCCCCAUAUCCCGCGGCAUCUUCGCUCAUACCUGCUCUCUGCACUGCGCUGAACAUCGCACCGCCGACGUACAAGCUCACUCAGACUUCAGCCCUGACCCCUGACUUCUGGGACGGUGAGGCUCGCUUCGAUCACGCCGUCGAGUCUUGCCUUCGUGGUGCAGUGGGAAGAGUGAACCGAGUGUAUGGCAAGAAGAAUGCCAAAGAUCAGAUCGUGGAGAAAGUACUGGUGAUACUCCAGGGCGUCAAGGAGCAGAGAAUGGCUGGAUAAACUACAGACUAUCCAUACAACUCAUUCUCUCAACAUCAUAUUCAUCCUCGAGACUCUUUCGUCAGAGUAAUACCCCGUCCUAACCGACAACUAUCCUCCAAGAUCAACCCAGCACGAGCAACCUGACCUCCAACCCCCAAACCUCGGCUUCAAAUCCAAAACUUGCUCACCCAUUACACAAUCCCGUCCC